AUGGCUGAGUCAAUUCCUAUGCCCAGAGAUGACAAUCUUCUAGCCAGUGGCUGUGCUGGCCACACAGUCCUGAACGCCCAGCGAAAGGACGCCAAAUCUGUGAAGAUCAAGAAAAACAAGGAUAAUGUGAAGUUUAAAGUCCAAUGCAGGGGAUACCUGUACACCCUGGUCAUCACAGAUAAAGAAAAGGCAGAGAAGCUGAAGCAGUCCCUGCCCCCAGGUUUGGCAAUGAUGCCAAAAGUAAAGAAGGAAGUCCCUGAUUUUCGCAAAGCCAUAGCCAAAGCUUUGAAGGCCAAGCAAGCUGCCCUGAAAGACAACCAUCAAGAUCCCCUGACCACUGAGUCAGCCAUGAAGAAGUUAGAAGACAGCAGCACAAUUGUGUUCUCCAUAGAUGUUAAGGUAACAAGCACCAGGUCAAACAGGCUCUAUGACAUUGAUGUGGCCAAGGUCAACACCACAUCCAGACUUGAUAUGAAGAAGAAGCUUGUGUUUGAUUCGUGA